AUGCUUCCUCGAGGAGUACCUCCUUAUCCGGGUCCCCUAUCGAUGACGCCAGAACAACAGUAUGAGUUGGUGGAGGCGCGAGCGUUGAUUACGGAGGAGGGCGAUCGCAUUCUGUUCGAAGAGGAUAUCACGCUCAAUGUGGAUUUUGGGACGGGGGUCGAGGAGAGACAUGUGGAGGGGUGUGGGGAUGGGGAGGAGGACGGUUAUUACUGGGGAGAUGGGGUGGGGGGUGAGGAUUCGGAGAGGGGUCGGGAGGGUGAGGAGAGUGGUGAGGAGGGUGAGGGUGGGAACUAUGUUUGUGCUGAUGAGAAGAGAGAUGAUGAUCAUGAUGACAAUGAUCAUGAUGGAGAAUCUUUAUUUGUCGGCACGGGAAAAAUGUCACAAGUAAAGAUAUCCAAGCCUCUGAGUCCAAAAUUACACAGGAUGAGAAGAAAAAAUCAAGCUGGUUCUAGCACAGCGAGUAUCUCGACCGUCUCAAGCAUGUCAACCAUUCAUGCGGAUGACUUGGAAAAGCGCAAUGCAUCACUUGAGCACGAUGACGAGUACCAAGUAAGCGAAAUGGAUAGUUCUGAAGAAAUCGAACAUGAUUCUUCUGGAGUUGCAAUCGCUUACGCGCAUGCGCCUUCGCCAUCAUCUGGUUCUGGAGAAAAUUUUCUGCUCGAGAGAGGAAGGAGUGCGGGUCAGGAUUCGCACGCGACUUGGGAUUUGCAGGUCGAGAAUAAGGAUUGCGGGUCUAAUAAGGCUAGAGGCGGGGCAGCAAGAAGUCUUUCCAAGGGAAGUCUAUUAAUCGGUAGAAGCAGAGAUAAGGAAAAAGGAAGCGACGGCAGUGCAGGUUGUAGAACAAGCAAGGCAUGGAACUUUGCUCGGAGUCUCAGCAGACGGAGCAAUAAUUCGGGACAUUCAUCACAGACAAUCCGACCUGCAGAAGGUGAUCAUGCCAUGCUUGGAGCGCAAAUGGAUGGGAGUGGAUUCCCAGACCAGCAUUCUUCUUUCGAGGAAGGAGAAAGUCUAAACAUGAGCUUUCAAGGCGAUGAGGAUAUUAUGGAACCUCGAGGUGGCGCCAGACCAUUUAUUGGCCCGCGACGCAACCCCGAGAUCCACGAUUUCCCCAGAUUCGACCCCGAACAAUUUACUCCGAGUAAGAAUAGGCAUGCGACUUCCGAUAAAUCACGGAGAAGAUCAGGCUCGGUAUCCGACGUUUCGACUGUGGGGGCGCAGGAAGCGCGCUCACCAUCUCCUUCUCUGCGAUCGCGUCAUUAUAGUUGCCGCGGUUCGUUCUCACUCAAUUGGGAUAAUAUUUCUUCGGAUACCGUGUAUCAUAAGCAUGCGCGACGCUUUUAUCAGAAUCCGGCGGCGUACGGCGCGGAGAUCCCGGGGUACAAUCCCGAGACGGAUAAUCCGUAUUUGGCUUAUGAUCGGUAUCAGGAAGUGAGUGAGUGGGCGGAUAGCACGGAGGAAGCGGAUCCCGAUCAUGUUGUUGCGUUGACGACGAGGGAAUUGAAGAGAUUGUGUGGAGCGGAGAUUCGGGUUCCUUUUGAUUUUAUUCCCGAGGGGUAUGUUAAUCCUCCUACUUCGAAGGCGGGAAGCGUGGUGGGUGAUGAUGAGGAUGUUGCUUCGAUUAUGGAGAUGGAAGGGAUGGUGAAGAACUGGACUGGAACCGAGACAUAA